AUGCGCCCCCCGGCCGCGCGGGCCCUGGCCGCGCUCUGCCUGCUGGCGCUGCCCGCCGCUGCCGCCACCGCCGCCUACUUCGGGUCAGUGCCCGCCGCACCCCCGGCCCGGCCCCUGCCCGUCUCCCGCGUUCCCUGGCCCCAGAGAGGUCUCGAACUCCGCCCCUCCGCCCUGCGGGACUCAGCCCCCUUCGUGGUUCGAGGUCGCGCCGCGAGCUUGGUCUGGGGCGUCCGGGGCUCAGAGCCGAUCGUACCUUCUAGCGUCCGAGAGUCACCGCGCCGGGGGUCAGCCCUGCCCGAGCUCCCGAACUCUGCGCGCGCCUUGGCCCCCAUUCUGCCCGUCCAGGCGUCGGCCGCGCGCUCGGACGCCCUCGGCUUGACGGGGCGCGAGGUCCUGACGCCCUUCCCCGGCCUGGGCACCGCGGCGGCCCCGGCGCAGGGGGGCGCCCACCUGAAGCAGUGCGACCUGCUGAAGCUGUCCCGCCGGCAGAAGCAGCUGUGCCGGCGCGAGCCCGGCCUGGCAGAGACCCUGCGGGACGCCGCGCGCCUCGGCCUGCUCGAGUGCCAGUUCCAGUUCCGGCAGGAGCGCUGGAACUGCAGCCUGGAGGGGAGGACCGGGCUGCUCAAGAGAGGCUUCAAGGAGACGGCCUUCCUGUACGCAGUGUCCUCGGCCGCCCUCACCCACGCGCUGGCCCGGGCCUGCAGCGCUGGGCGCAUGGAGCGCUGCACCUGCGAUGACUCCCCGGGGCUGCAGAGCCGGCAGGCCUGGCAGUGGGGCGUGUGUGGCGACAACCUCAAGUACAGCACCAAGUUCCUGAGCAAUUUCCUGGGACCCAAGAGAGGCAGCAAGGACCUGCGGGCACGGGUGGAUGCCCACAACACCCACGUGGGCAUCAAGGCUGUGAAGAGUGGCCUCAGGACCACGUGUAAGUGCCAUGGCGUGUCGGGCUCCUGUGCGGUGCGCACCUGCUGGAAGCAGCUUGCCCCGUUCCGCGAGACGGGCGAGGUGCUGAAGCUGCGCUAUGACUCGGCUGUCAAGGUGUCCAGCGCCACCAACGAGGCCUUGGGCCGCCUGGAGCUCUGGGCCUCCUCCAAGCCAGGCAGCCCCGCCAAGGGCCUGGCCCCCCGGCCCGGGGACCUGGUCUACCUGGAAGACUCGCCCAGCUUCUGCCGGCCCAGCAAGUACUCUCCCGGCACGGCGGGCAGGGUGUGCUCCCGGGAGGCCAGCUGCGGCAGCCUGUGCUGCGGGCGGGGCUACGACACGCAGAGUCGCCUGGUGGCCUUCUCCUGCCACUGCCAGGUGCAGUGGUGCUGCUACGUGGAGUGCCAGCAGUGCGUGCAGGAGGAGCUGGUGUACACCUGUAAGCACUAG